AUGUCUCAUGAGGAAAGGGGUAUGGUUGAAAAAAACAAAAAAGAAAUAGCGCGACGUAUUACACACGUGAUUGAUUGCGAGGCAUAUACGAAUAAAAAAAACACAUUUCUUCAUGAAAUAUCGGUUUAUAGGGUGAAAACCGGCGAGUGUUCGUCGUUUCAAGUGUAUAUGCCGUUUGUACCAUUUAAUGAACACAGUUAUACAAUUGAUUAUCAAAUAAAGAAAAUUCACGGCUUACCGAUUGUCUCUAAACGUUUGACGGGAGAUUUUUAUACAUUAAAAGAAUCGAUGGCAUUUUUAACAGAUGAAUUUAUGUCUCAUGCUGAUUUAGUGGCUUAUAAAGGCGGAGAUAUCGAACGUAAUUUGUUAAAUAAUAUGGGUGUUCGGUGUAUUAAUCUUGAAGUAUUGACAUGUCCAAAGUAUGCAGACUUGCUGACCUUAUUUGGUCAAUCGCAAGAAUGUUGUCCUUAUCACCUUGGUAACCAUUACCACUGUUCAAAACACGAAGUAAAAAUGUUCAUGCAUUUUGUGUAUUCUAUUCUGUAAGGAUGGCGUAUGUUGAAAAGCUCAGAGCAUUAUCGUAUCUUCUAUUAGCCCAACCUUUCAAUCCGACAUUGUGGAAUAUGUAUUCUACAUGUAAAUUUUUACGAUUCUAUAAACCACCAAUGGUUAAGGAACGACAAAUUGUGCAUUAUUCCCGAGUUAAAGAGGAAUGUUGGCUGAAAGGGGGUUUUGAGACGAUACGUGAUUUUAUUGCUGUCGAUGAUGUAGAAAAUGCAAAUGAAGAGGUAAAAAGCGACAACCCCAACACACCCGAUCUGGUGUGGGAUAAAAAUCCCCGCACGGCCAUCGCCGGUGUGGACGAAGACGGUGGGAAGGUAUUAUAUCACAUACCCGUGGAAUGGAUUCCCCGAUUGGGCACUCGCGACGGUUUUUUUGUGCUAACACCCUUUGUGUUUUGCUGCCGUGAAAUAUUAGUACGUUCAAAAACACAGUUGGUACGUUGCCAAUCGUUAAAUAUGCCUUGCGAGUAUUAUGUAGAUGAACAUUAUUUCCAUGUUGGUUUGGGAGAUUGCGACGAAAACAGUUCGGAGGUCGAAGUGUUUGCGGGUACACAGUUGUAUGUGGGGUUGAAAAACAUCAUGCAACAUUUUAAGACGGGGUUAUAUGUAAAUAUGGGGGAAAUGUUAAUCGCUCUCGACUGUAAUGAGAAAGUGUUGCAGUAUUACCGUAAAGAAGUGCACAAUGAAAAGAAUGAAAAUGGCGAACCUGUAGUAACUGUAACAUAUAAUGUAGAAGAGAAGAGGGGUAUGUUUAUUCGUAAGUAUUUAGCGCAUAUAUUAGUAUGCAAAAAAUGUAUUAGAUAUCUUGAAGAUUUUUUAACGUUAUUAGACCAGAGUGUGGAAAAACACCCAUUUCCUGAACAUGCCGAAUUAGAUUGCGACGGUCAUAAUUGUAUAGGUUUACCCGUCUUACGCCAUAUAUUAGAUGCGGAUUUUGAUAGUUUGAGGGAUAAAGCUUUUUAUGGUGUUGUAGUCGAUGUGUUUGAGAGUCCUUGCCAACGUGUGGAUUGUUUUAUGACAUCUUAUGUUAUAAAAUAUGUGUAA